CAGGAGCGGGUUUUUCAUUCCAUUGUGUUAUGAUUACUUUCCAUACUCGUGAAUUCUUGGGACAUAAAAUCUGGUGAUCCACUUGAUUUCAAUUUCAUUUUCAUGAUUAAUUAUUAAUAUAAUUAUGAUUUCAUCUCACACUCACGGUCACGACUCUACUUUCGCUUCUCUAUUCCCCUGUUGCAUCAUCACUUAGGCUCGCGGGUCGUUUAGGUUUACUAGGCUCGUAGAAGAUAGAAUACAACCACCCCGCAAGUGCAUACAGCAUGGUCUGUGCGGGUCAAUAUUACCUCUCGCUCGAGUAAACGUCGAGUGGGAGGGCCCCGGGGUGCUGAAUUGCGGACGAAUGGGUGCUCGUUGUGAAGAGGACAAGAAGGUCGCAGCAAAGCGUUCUGCCGUGACAUUUGUUUGAAUUGUGUCAACACGUUUCCAGUCUCUGUGGAUUAUCUCAGCCUUCUAUCUUUUGUCCACCAUCUAGACUUUCGUAUUCGUCGUAUUCAUCUUCUUCCACGAUCUGAAGAAGUCGAACUUCCUCUAUCGUCCAGCAUCACGGAUACAGGAUUUCAUCGUCAUCGUGCCUUCUUGAAACUAAGCACCGAAGAUGAACGCGAAUACGUCAGUGCCUGUUUCGCAUAACUCACUGCCGACCAAUGUGGUCAGUGUGCCACAUGAGUCGUCGGCAUACUGCGAAAAAACGCCAAUGGAACUCGCAGUGCUCAAUGCCGGUGGUAGGGCUUACGACGGUUGCGAUCACUGCCCGAUAUGCCUCAUGCUCCUCAAGGUACAGCUCCCGUUGAUGUUAUUCAUUUUACCUUAGAAUCCGUUCGUUGUUUUUGCCAUAGUACUAUAACUUACAAUUAUAGAAGAUGCAGGAAUACGAGUAGGAGAAGAAGCUAAUCGCCGUAUAAGGUAAGUAGACAGAUUACAUUGCCGAACCAACGUCUAAAAAACAGGUGAGUUUGGGCAAGAAUCCGGUGACGAGUCUCUUCGGUAUGACGACACGUGACCCUUUACUGCAAGAUAUCGUUUCUAGGCUCUUAAAAUUCGAGAUAUCAUCCCAGGAGGAACGAGUUGACACAUGCAAACGAGGCCUUUGCAGGUACUGUCGUGUCCUCUGUUUACUUCUCCUUUGACCUUGUCAUGUUCUGCUUACAUCCUCGCUCUAUACUGCUUCGUCUAAAAAGUAUUCUCUACUUGUUCCUCUAGUACGAUUUGCAUUCGGAUUCGUCCAGUCUUCACAUCUUCUGCAAAGAAAUGUCAAAUGUGGCAUAAUACACUUUCAAGUUCUUCAAUGCUCAGCGAAAAAAAGUCUUGCAAUCCUCGCCUGUUUCCGUCGCAAUUCUGACAGACCCACUCACUCUGUCCACCCAAAAAACUUGAAUACUCGGGGUCGGUAGUAUAUGGCAUGGGCUUGCAGUUGCAAGUCAAUCAUUUUGUGAACCAGCCUCCUGAGUACACGACUGCUCACUGUUGCUUUUACUAACUUGUCGCUUUUACAUCGGACUAGUACGGCGACGACAUCAACUUCAACAUGUGAUGUACCGUGUUUGUAGGUCACCAAAAUAUACCACGACUAACCGAUGCGAUUUUGCUGUGCUGUUCUUUCUUCUUCGUUUAUGGUUCAGGAAACUAUUGAAUAGUAACUUAUCAAAGCUUCUAGUUGCUCUCAGUUAACUGUUAUGCGUCUUCUUGCCACUCCCAUGUCAGCAGCCCAAGAUAGAAGGUCAUCGGAAUGUAGCACCCUCGCCAUAAAAUUUGGUAUGGAGGUUUCGCGGUCGUCCAUUGCCAGGUCUAGAAUGACUGCAAACGCUCAAGAGCUUUCCCUCGUCUUAUUUGAGCAGGAACGACGACGCGCUUUUCUCGCUUAGCUACUUUGGCUUCCUCCCCGUCGCUGCUCCUCUGGUGCCCUUGCCUUUCUCCGCUUAGGUUCUAGUAUUGCUACGCAGGCUUGCCUUUGUUGCAUGGAGUCCAGAUUUCCGAAUGCCGUCCCCUGCUUUCCUUGCGUCCUCUCGGACAGAUGAGCGAGAUGCUCAUUCAGGACACCGCUUUCCCUUUCAUGCGGAACAACAUCGCAGCACUCCUAGCACUCUUGAUAGUGGUGCUGCUGUAGUUGCGAGAGGCUCUUGCUGCGGAGCACGAUUACAUUUGGAAGGAAAACGUUUCAACUUUCUUUGCAUGUCGACUACAGUUUUCUGUACAAUAGAUUCGUAAGCGGUGGUGGACACAGGAGCGUUCGAUAUCUGAGAAAUUCCUGGCGUGAUUGUGUUGUUCCUGCCAUCUUGCUCCCGCCGCCAGGCGGUUGUCACUCGAAGCCGUAUACGUUUCUCAUACAAGCCUAUCAGCAGUUUAUCACCGCGUGCGCGUCGUGCUAUUAACUACGAACACACUACGCCUUGCUACUUGUUAUGUGGUUUGGUCAUUUUCCAUUAAAAUGAUGGAUCGGGGUUUGUGUUUUCUGAAGACUGCAAAAGCAGUUUCAAGACAUUGAUUAGUGGAAGUGCUACUAUUUUGAGGAAAAAGUCCACUGGAAGGAGUGAAUGUGUUAGUACAUAUAAGUCAUCGUUUUUUUUCUGUUUUAUUAUUCUUUCAUUGGGUCUCUGAUCAUCUGAACUUCUGACACCUUAGCGCAACCUUUUUCCACUAACAUAAACGUAACCCACUGAAUAAAGAAUAGUAGAACACAGGGACUAAGCUUAACUUUCCCGAGUCUGCUAAAGUUUACUAAGUUACCUCAAGUAGAUCAAAACAGUUAUUAUUCUUUCAUUGGGGAAUACAGACUCACCUGGAUUUGAAUCGUUCAAAAAGGCGAUAAAAAUAGAAUUUUUGGUUUCAAAAUUGAAAUUCAGAUUCAGUCAAUAUUUUUUUGUCGUUGCUUAAUAUCAUGAUUUUCUAAAAAGUGUAAAUGUUGAUUGUAUUGCUCUCAAAACUAAAUUUUACACGCUGUUUCCACAUCUGGCUUUAAUUACAACAGGUUCCACGCUUUGCACUACAAGCUUUAUGUGCACCGAUUCAACAUCGAUACUAUGAUAGCGAUACGCGAAUUCGUUGAUACCGCGAAAGUGCUUGACGACGGCACAAUCGAGCAGAUAUUCGCGAAUCUGGAUAAGCUGGAGGCGAUUUUUGAGAAAAACGUCACCAAGUAUUGCACUUUCUUUCCAGAGUUCUUUGGUCUAAUGGUAAUGAUGACGAUAGAAUUGCUCAUUGAGUAGAGCAGCUUCUUGUUGCUUAUUUUUUCGUGCUAUCAUUCUUUCAGCAAUCGGCAAGAACUAGAAAAUCACCAGGUGGAUAAAGGACAUGCAGGCACGGGUUCUGCAUACCUUUACCGAAAACGUCGAGAAAGAAUUCAUUUGUCUGAAGGGUGAACUGCGGAAUCGGCUUCGUGCGAAGGAGCUCCAAUUGGAAAAGCGUAUAGAAGACAUAUACCAGGAGAAGGAGGAGGCCCUAGACGAGGCAGAAGCGAGGCUGCAAGUGCAGAUGCAAGCAGAGAAAUUCAAGAAAGCGAAAUUCUGUCUGGACACAUAUGGUAAGAUUCUUAAGAUGACGUUGGCUGGGUGUGGGUAAGGAUCGUAGAUUUGGUAAGAAAACUCGCAUUGGGGUGUUUGACAUCAAUCACGACUCCAAAGAAAUACAACUAGUUGUACUCUAGCAGGUCUAGAUUCCAUCGCAACGAACAUCAUUAUCAUCCUAAUCAACCUUUUUAAUAAUAUUUUGCUCAUGAUGUAGAUGACUACUCAUACGACCAGGUCGCGUGUAUCGGAGUGCAAGUUCAACAGGGCAACCGAACUUGUUGCAUUUGAUGCGUCGACAUGACGAUGACGAGCGCAACGUGGCUUCGAAAUUUGACGAGGAGCUUCGCGCUCAGUACAUUCGCAAGGUAGACAAGGCCAAAGAAAGGCAGGAACGUGAUCUCGCUGUUUGGAAACAGAAAUUAGAUGCGCACCGUAAGCAAGAGUACUGUGUGGUACGCGAUACGACUGAAAAAUUUCAGCGCGGAAAGCAGAACCGACUGCAGCGGCUGCGUGAUGUUCAGGUCAGUGAAGCGAAAAAAAUCAUCGACGACUUCCGAAAGCACGCUGUGCACAUGCGGUCACUAGCGAUGCGUCGUGGGGUCAGCGUCCAGACAACGACGUUGAGACCGAUCACACCAAUAAUAUUAGGGUACCGUAUAGCAGUUUUGAAAGAUGGAAAUCAAGUCAGACGUUUACUGUACACGACGUAGCUUUCGGAAGUGCGGCUAAGCAGCUUGUUGUUGUUAGACUUAAUCGCACUGCACCUCGACCUAGUCCCAUGUAUAAUUUUUUUUGCUUUACAACGUUUCAGCUUCAUUUGCCAUUCUUGCCUUCGCUUUAAAUUACAAGGUACAUGCUGUUGGUCCUGAAGCGAGCGCUUCCACCGUCACUGCACUCGCGGACAAUAAUGAAGGAUGGCAUACCUUUACAUGACAGCAAAGCGGGAACUGUUUUAGCGCAGUUCGCAGCCUGGAU